AUGACCACAUUGCUAACAUCAAUUGCAAUAACCUACGGCCUCCACGUUCGCUGCAUAAGCACCCCAGUCCCAACCCCGAGCCCGACUCCCAACUUCGCCCCCGCCUUAUACCAAACCACCUGCUCCCGCUUCCCACAGUACGACGACUGCAUCGGCACCGACCGCCGCUUCUGCUCCAUGUGGCGCACAAUUGGCUUCCUGAUGUCCUUCGCCGUCCUCCUCGAAGGCAUGACCCUGAUCACCUACAUAAUCAUCCUGUCCGGCGGGAAGCAGAUACGCGAGCGCGGCUGGAGGAUUCUGACGUUUUUUUUGGUGCUGGUGGGGCUUGUGCAGUGUUCAGGGAUGGCGGUGGCGUCAUACCUCCACGACAACGACGACCAUUUCUACCUCGGUUUCCGCCUCGAUGACUCCUUUAUCCUCUGCACGGUUAGCUGGUGUCUAGCUCUCUUAUGUGCCUUGUCCGUUUAUGUUGCUGCUCGUGUCUUGCCGUCUGAAGGGGGGUAUGAGUUGAUACCUGAUCCGGAUAAUUGA